AACGCCAGCGCAUGCAUUUAAGAAACAAGAAAUGCUCGAAGUGGACUUUUGGUUUCCAGCCAGGGAUUUUCUGAGACAAGACAACAUCUCAAACCAAAGUCCAUUUGUAUGCUGUUGGAGAACCUUUUGAGCUUUAGCUGUCAGCGGAGAACAUGAGGAAGAGCCGGAGCGUUUUGGCAGUGACACCUAUCGAUGACAGCAAAGAACCCUCUGGAUGUACGUCUUCAGGAGCUACCUUGGGUGUAGAUCUCUGGCGCGGCCCCAGGCGGCACUCAGGAACCCUUGUGUUGCCGCCACUGUCAUGGAGACAAGCAGAGAGGGCCCGCAGUCCGCAAGAUCACAUUUCCAGACCCACAACGCUGGGCUUCGAUACCCCGCCGCGGAUAGACAUUACGCCAGUGCCCCCGGAUAGUUUGGAGGUAGAGAAUGGCCCCUCUAUGGGCUGCAGUCCACUGGACCUUCAGGCAUCACCAGGCUCAGGUAUGGUUCUGCAUCCCAGCAUGGCCAGUCACGGUCAGAGGCGGGAGUCGUUUCUCUACCGCUCGGACAGUGAUUACGACAUUUCGCCCAAGUCCCCCUCACGCAAGUCGUCCCUUGGAGGCGAACAGCUACAUAGUGAAGAGCUCAUAGUAACUCCUUUUGCUCAGGUGCUUGCCAGUCUUCGCACUGUCAGGAAUAAUUUUACAGUACUGACAAAUGUACAGUGCCCGCCCAGCAAAAGAUCACCAGUGAACAGUCAGCCCCCGGUGACCAAGGCCAGCCUGUCAGAUGAAUCCUACCAGAAGCUGGCCGUGGAGACCAUGGAGGAGCUUGACUGGUGCCUGGACCAGCUGGAGACCAUACAGACGUAUCGCUCCGUCAGCGACAUGGCCUCUACCAAGUUCAAGAGGAUGUUGAACCGAGAGCUGACACACCUGUCUGAGAUGAGUCGCUCUGGAAACCAGGUGUCUGAGUUCAUCUCCAACACUUUCUUAGAUAAACAGAAUGAACUGGAGAUCCCGUCGCCCACUCAGAAAUCGCGGGACAGGAAGAGGAGGCAGCAGCAGCUCAUGACUCAGAUCAGUGGGGUGAGGAAGGUCACGCACGGCUCCGAUCUCUCCAGUAGCUGCGCUAUUGGCCGCUUUGGAGUAAAAACAGAUCUCGAGGACUUGCUCUCAAAGGACCUAGAGGACAUCAACAAGUGGGGGUUAAACAUCUUCAAAGUUGCAGAUCAUUCUCACCACCGCCCACUGACCUGCAUCAUGUAUGCCAUCUUUCAGGAGAGAGAUUUAAUGAAGACAUUCAAGAUCCCUGUGGACACCUUCGUGACAUACAUGAUGACCCUCGAAGACCACUACCAUGCAGACGUGGCCUAUCACAACAGUCUCCAUGCGGCCGAUGUGGCCCAGUCCACACACAUCCUGCUAUCCACACCUGCACUGGAUGAGGUCUUUACAGACCUAGAGAUUCUGGCAGCUAUCUUUGCGGCGGCCAUCCAUGACGUGGACCACCCAGGGGUCUCCAAUCAGUUCCUAAUUAAUACCAACUCUGAGCUGGCCCUCAUGUACAACGAUGAGUCUGUUCUGGAGAAUCAUCACCUUGCUGUUGGUUUUAAGCUCUUGCAGGGGGAAAACUGCGACAUCUUUCAGAACCUCACCAAGAAGCAGCGUCAGUCCCUUAGAAAAAUGGUCAUCGAUAUGGUACUAGCAACAGACAUGUCCAAGCACAUGAGCUUACUUGCUGAUCUAAAGACUAUGGUCGAGACAAAAAAGGUGACCAGCUCAGGAGUUUUGUUGCUUGAUGACUCUACAGACAGGAUACAGGUCUUACGCAAUAUGGUUCACUGUGCCGAUCUCAGCAACCCCACCAAAUCCAUAGAUCUGUACCGGCAGUGGACAGACCGCAUUAUGGAAGAGUUCUUCCACCAGGGUGACCGAGAAAGAGAGCGAGGAAUGGAGAUCAGCCCCAUGUGUGACAAACACACUGCUUCAGUGGAGAAGUCUCAGGUUGGUUUCAUUGACUACAUCGUGCACCCGCUGUGGGAAACGUGGUCAGACCUGGUACAUCCAGAUGCACAGGAUAUCUUGGACACUUUAGAGGAGAACAGAAACUGGUACCACAGCAUGAUACCACAAAGUCCCUCCCCACCCUUUUACGAGACAGGAACUGGUGGUGGAGACAAGUUUCAGUUUGAGCUCGAAGAAAGAGUCAAGGAGGAUAGCGAGAAACUCUUAGAGAAAGACUGUGUAGAGAUUGUGACGCAUUCUCCUUCUGAGACGUAGCACCUCACUACAAUUAACUUCUGUUGGCCAUAUUUGUUCAAAUGGAGAAAUAUUCUCCCGCUGACUGAGAAUCCCGGAGGAACACUGUGUCUUGGGACUUUACAGAGCCCAAAAGCGGAAUGAACAUCCUCUGGAAUCAAGUUGGAAUUUGCAGGAAUCCAUUCAAGUCGGAGAUGGCCAAAAGUGGACAGCCAUACCGAAAGUGCCCAUUCAAGUGUACGAGGAGUCCCAUAAGCUGGAAUCCUGGAGUGGGUUUCUGUGAAGGAGAAAUACUGAACCUUUUCGUAAAGGGGUUUUCUACUACAAAGUGACUUUGUAUACUUUUUGUACUUGUGCGUUUUGUGACUACAGUUUAAACAUGUUACAUAAGAGGAAUGCUAUCAUGUUGAAAGGCACGGACAUCCCAGAUGUGUGUUGGGAAUGCAGUCUUCCUACAUUUUGGAUAAAAAUAAUAAUACUUGUACCAGCAUACUUUAUUCAAACAAUACAGAACAUUUAUACUUUGCAAAAAUACUUUUUAAAGUGUUCGUCUGGUACAACUAGUGUUAUAGUUUUAGUUAUAAACGUUUAAUUCAAAAAUAGGACCCAAAGAGUCGUGUUGCUGUGUUCCAAGUUUAGUUCAAUUUAAGCUCUCUUAACAGAAUUUGUGGUAGCGAUGUUAAUAACCAUAAAAAAUAUGUAUAUAUAAAGCAGUAAGGCUUUUAUAAUAAAUACAAAUGUGCCAAGACCCUUCAAGAAUGUUAAUCCUGGUACUAACAUGAAAAAUUCCUCCAAAAAUGUGUCCGACAGAAGUUGCAUUUCAUUGUUUGUGCCUUACUAAAAGUCGAUUAACAAGUUGAAGGCCAAUUUAUUUUAUAUGUCAUGGCAUAAAGGCUGUUGAUCAAGCUUCUGUUGAACUUGGAACAUUCCUUUAUACCACUUUAAUAUGGGAGACAAAUAUCCCAACACAUAAAAACAAUAUUGAAAAGAUUUAUAACUAAUUGUUGGUUAAAUAUUUAACAUUUACCUCUUUGUGUUUCGUAUUGUCAUUUGUAGCGUCAAAGAAACAAAAGACGCUUGGAAUUAAUCAGUCAUAAAACUCAAACCCUUAAAUCCUUAUAAAUCGAAUGAGCAAAUAAUUUCUUUAUACGUGUGUCAUUGUUUCAUAUCUCAUUUCCUAGAAGCUAACCUUUUAUAUUCGUAGAACGUGGCCAACAAUAAGCGUCAAUUACACAAUCACUGAUGUCAAACAAUGUGGUUCCUCCUGUUGUUUGUACUUGCUGGUCAGGAACGGGAUGUGGUUAAUGUAUGUCACUCAGACAUUUUGCUUUUGCUUCCCCAUUGUGUCAGUGUAUUUUUUCUCACCUUGGUUUGAACUGACUGCGUAAGAGAAUAAGAUUUACGGCACUUGAAGUGACCAUUAUUAUGUGCAUAAUUUGUCCCCAAUUCUGUUUUAUAGUUACGCUAUGAAGCAGACUUUUGUCUUUAUUACUUAUGUUUGUAUCAUUGCUAAGUCAAUGAUGAACAUGCACACUGUAGAACAUCCAUGAUUUCACUGGUGGAAUCACUGUUUUCCUUAAUUUAUUCUCAAUUUUAGUAUUAAACGUAUGUUAAGGUUGUGUUGCACAUUUCUUACUUGUCCCAGAAAAAGAGAUUAAAAUAAAUGAGAAUAAUCUUUGUCUUAUUU